UGUAAAAUUACAAUUAUUUAUUUAUUCUGUACUAUGGGAAAAGAAUGUUUCUGGCUGCUGGUUAUCGGAGUUUCUCUUAUUGCGAGCGAACCAAUCUCCAACUCCACUGAAGAAGUGUUUGCUAGUAACUCCACUGAGCAGACGGGGGACUACAGUGACAUCGAGUCCAAGUUCUCCAUCAGAAACCCAGAAUUCCCUGACGAGGAUCUCUGUUAUCUUGUCCCAGGUCAACGGGACUCUGUUUCAGACUGUAACUUCAAAAAUGAUUCCCAUACCUUCCUUAUUAUCCACGGAUGGUCUGUUGCGGGUCUGUUUGAGAGCUGGGUCUAUAAGCUGGUGUCGGCUCUGUUUGAACGUGAACCCAGUGCCAAUGUCAUUGUUGUGGACUGGCUGGAUCGGGCCAACAAACACUACCCCAAAUCAGCAGAAAACACCAGACUGGUGGGGGCGGACGUGGCCAAGUUUGUCAACUGGCUGGGGGAGUUGGACUAUCCUCUGGAAAAAGUGCAUCUUUUAGGCUACAGUCUGGGUGCGCAUGUGGCCGGCGUCGCAGGAAACCUCACCAACAACAAAGUCAACAGAAUCACUGGUCUGGACCCCGCGGGCCCCAGCUUUGAGAAUGCAGACAGUCUGAGGCGUCUGUCACCCGAUGAUGCCACCUUUGUGGACGUCCUGCACACAAACACCAGAGGCUCGCCGAACCUCAGCAUCGGCAUCCAGAGGCCUGUGGGUCACGUGGACAUUUACCCCAACGGUGGAACCUUCCAGCCGGGCUGCAGCAUUCAGCACACCAUGAAGCUCAUCGCCACCUACGGCAUAUACAACAUGGACCAGAUCAUCAAAUGCUCCCACGAGCGCUCCAUUCACCUGUUCAUCGACUCGCUGGUGAACCGGGCGUACCAGAGCUGGGCAUAUCGCUGCAGCUCCAAAGACGCCUUCAACAAGGGCCUGUGUCUGAGCUGCCGCAAGAACCGCUGCAACAAACUCGGCUACAGCAUCAACAAGAUCCGCAGCACUAGGAGCACAAAGAUGUACCUCAAAACCCGCGAGAUGAUGCCGUUUAAGGUGUUUCAUUAUCAGAUUAAAGUGCAUCUUUUCAGCGACAAAAACAUGACUUUGCUGGAGCAGCCAAUGAAAGUGUCUCUGUUCGGGACAACCGAUGAGAGGGAUGACAUCUCUGUCACUGUGCCCAGCAUGAGCACCAACAGCACCGUCUCAUUCCUGCUGACGUCUGACAAAGACAUCGGCGAGCUGCUGAUGCUGAACAUACGCUGGGAGAAAGACUCGUAUCUCUACGGCUUCUUCAGCACCAAUCAGUUCAUGAUUCGUAGAAUGAGGAUCAAAUCUGGAGAAACACAGUCCAGGCUAAUAUUCAGACCCAAAGAAGGAGAAUUUGGUUCUCUGGUUCAGGGUGGAGAUGCUGUUGUGUUUGUGAAGUCCAGCGAGACGCCGCAGAGCAGGAGAGAGCAGAGGCAGCACAGACUGAAACACCACGGGAGCUUCUUCAAACAGGGCGUCAAUGAAGCGACCGCAGAUAUGAUUAAAGAACCAGCGUUACUUCAUAAUGAAUCAACAGAGAUCAUGACAGAAACCACCACAAAACCAAACACAGCUCAGGUCAACACUACAAAUGCUUUGUGAUUGCCAUUUGCACCAGAUGUACUGUAUCUGAAUGUUUUCAUUUGAUGUGAAUGUGGGCUUGUGAAUUUCACAAAUUUCCAGGUUACAUUUACAUCCCAAGAUCAAAAGAAAAGAUCAAACACUAUAUACAUAAAGAAAAUGAAAUACAAAAUUCUCAUGACUCUAAUGCAUUCAGACAUUUACUUUACCCUCAAUGAUGAUUCACAUUGCUGUCAUUUUUACUUUUACCUAGUUAUUUACA